UUGUUUCAAUAAAUUAUAUAAUUAGGCACACAAUAGGAGUUCUUCACAUUUGUAUUUUGAGUUAACAAUGGCAGUUGAGAAAUCUGAGGAAGAAUGGCGUGCUGUUCUAUCUCCUGAGCAGUUUCGGAUCCUCCGUCAGAAAGGAACUGAGCUGAAGGGAACUGGUGAAUAUGACAAGUUUUUUGAUGAAGGGAUGUAUAAUUGUGCUGGUUGUGGAACUCCAUUGUAUAAAUCCUCAACCAAAUUUGACUCUGGCUGUGGUUGGCCUGCUUUCUUUGAGGGUCUCCCAGGGACGAUAAAUCGCUCUCCAGAUCCAGAUGGAAGGAGGACGGAGAUUACAUGUGCUGCCUGUGGUGGACAUCUUGGUCAUGUUUUCAAAGGAGAAGGUCACAAGACACCCACAGAUGAACGCCACUGUGUGAACAGCGUUUCUGUCAAGUUUAUCCCUGCGAAUACCUGAUCUGUUUUACUCUGAAACUCCUUUAUUUGUAAAG